GCAACAACGGCCGUCACUAGCGUGAGAUGAGACCCUUUCCCCCAUUUCUCUCUUACAUAAGAUUAGUCUGAAAGAAACCACAAAAACAAAAUAAUAUGAAUUUUUGCUUUUUUUAUUAAUUAAUAAUAAUAAUAAUAAUAAUAAUAAUACUCUCCCUCCAAAAGGAAAAAAAAUGGUAGUUUUCGUUUGCGGUUGUUAAUGUGAUUGUUGUUGUUAUUGAUCAUGAUGUUGCUGUUCUUCCUUGUUUAACUUUCUCUUCUCUCUAAAAAUCUCCGCUCCCUCCUCCUCUCUGUCUUUUGUUUUGGCCUUUUCGAGGAUGGUGAUAUCACAGAGAGUUGAAUUGAUCUGUUAAGAAAGACAAGGGAAGAGAGAGAUGGGGGCUUGCGCGUCGAGACCUGAAGGCUGUGUUAGCCCAAAAUUAAGGUCUUCAAAGAAGAAGAACCGUAAAAGAAGGAAAAGCUGCUUGAAGAAACGAGUGUCUUCUCGGUUAUCUGAGGUAUCCUCCGAUAAGGUUGAUAGGCCUGCUCCACCUGAUCAUCACUCUUCCUUUACCAACCCAACUUGUCAAGGAAGCAUCGACGAGUGGUUUGAUCCAGUUGCAGUAUUUGACUCUGACUGUGAUGAGGAGUUUGAAAGUGUUCAGGAGGAUGUGCUAUCUUUAAAUGGUCUUGAAGGUAUCUCUAUAUCCAGUAUUUCAUCUCUAAAAGAUGCUAAUUGUGGAGAACAUUCUUCUUUAGUUGAUCAGAUGCAGAAACCAGGGGAUUUAUCAGCUGGAAAUUCUGCAUGCAACUCUGUUGGUGAGGUCACUAGAAAUUCAAAUAGUCAGGUCUUGAAUUCGGAGGAUGUUAAUUCCCAAUCAAAAUCUGAUGGGCCUUCAAACAAAGCAAAGCAACCUGUAUUCCUUGAUGAUAUUGCCUCCUCUGUGGAUGAAGGUUCUGGAAAGGAGGAAGGAUUGUUGGAUAACUGUGGCAUUCUUCCAAGCAAUUGUUUACCUUGUCUUGCAUCUACUGUUCCAUCAGUUGAAAAGAGAAGGUCACUCAGCUCUAGCCCACCAAGUGCAAGGAAAAAGAAUGCCUUAAAACUUCCAUUUAAGUGGAGAGAAGGGCAUCCCAAUGCGACCCUAUUUUCUUCGAAGAUGCUUCUUCAGAGGCCAAAAGCAGGCUCUCAAGUACCUGUAUGCCCUAUAGAAAAGAAAAUGUUUGAUUGUUGGUCUCAUAUUGAGCCGGGUACUUUCAAGGUUCGAGGAGAAAAUUAUUUUAGGGAUAAGAAGAAGGAUUUUGCACCUAACCAUGCUGCAUAUUAUCCUUUUGGCGUUGAUGUAUUCUUAUCUCCACGAAAAAUAGAUCACAUAGCUAGAUUUGUUGAACUCCCUGUUGUUAGCCAGUCUGGGAAACUACCAUCUAUCCUGGUUGUUAAUGUUCAGAUUCCAUUGUAUCCUGCUGCACUUUUUCAGAGUGAAACUGAUGGGGAAGGGAUGAGUUUUGUUUUGUACUUUAAGCUUUCUGACAGUUACUUGAAGGAGCUUCCGCCUCACUUUCAAGAAAACAUCAGGAGGUUAAUUGUUGAUGAAGUUGAGAAGGUUAAAGGAUUCCCUGUAGAUACAAUUGUCCCAUUUCGAGAAAGGUUGAAAAUAUUGGGUCGUGUUGCAAAUGUGGAAGAUCUUCAUAUGAGUGCAGCUGAGAGGAAGCUUAUGCACGCAUAUAAUGAAAAGCCUUUUCUUUCACGUCCACAGCAUGAAUUCUACUUGGGAGAAAAUUAUUUCGAGAUUGAUAUAGAUAUGCACAGAUUCAGUUACAUCUCUAGGAAAGGUUUUGAUGCAUUCCUAGAUAGGCUAAAGCUCUGCAUCUUAGAUGUUGGCCUCACAAUUCAGGGGAAUAAACCUGAAGAGUUGCCAGAGCAGAUCUUAUGUUGUAUACGGUUAAGCGGCAUUGACUAUAUGAAUUACCACCAACUGGGCUUAAGUCAAGAGCCCUCUGAUUUAAGUGCUGAAAUGUUGUAACUCUUGUAGCUAUGAUCCAAAAAAUGGCUAAUUUCAGAGAAAUUUCUACGCCUUGUUUGUUGGUACUAGAAUUUCUGAACUCAAUAGCCAGAGACAACAAGUGGACUUCUUCACCUGUUUGUCUCCCUACUCAGAUGACAUUUAGAGCUUAUAGUCACCGGUGUGGUGGUCAAUGUGUUUGGUAACAAAUGCAAAUCAGGAGGGUUUUGGUCAAAAUUCGUUCACUGGAUGGCGAUGAGUUUAACCAGAUAAGCAUAUGCGCGAAUAAUAACUUGUACAAACAGAUAGUAUGGUCAUAGGAACUUAAAAGAAAAAGAAAAGAAAAAAGACCAAAGGUACGCCCUUUGAGAUCCUUUUACUUA